UGCCGCACGCUCUGCGGGCUCGCUGGUGUGGGACAUGUCGUGGUUUCGCCGGCGCCUGCACCCUUGCGGACAGCGGACAGCGCACAGGCAGCGGGCGAGCCGUGGGGCUCCGGCUACAUGCGCCCGGCGACCUCCCCAAUGGCGGAGGACACUCCCCGCGGCUGGGAUCGCGGGGAGAAAAAAAACAACAACACGCACAUGGUGUUGACCUCAUCACCAGGUUAUCAGCAGAAAUCAAAGGACGGUACCCCUGCGUUGUGAGGGGAAAACAAGGCGCUGGAGACUCGCAAGCUGUGAAGGUCCAGAUCUUGUGUGACCUGGAGUAGCAGCGUCACUUCGCCAUUAAUACAAACAUUGUAGCGGCUGGUGGACAGCCAAUAGGAGCACCUUCGCGCAUAUUCAAAGCACGGUCGGUCUCUGCACAGGGGGGGCUGCCUGUGUUUUGGGAUGGCCUCUGGGUUUCACUGAGAGCGCAGCGGGAGCGUUUGAAGACGCGCGGCCCCGCCUCCGGAGAGAGGUACCACACAUCACGCACGUCCCCGCUCCGACCCGCCUCGCCAAACACAGCCCCGCCGAGGACUUUAAAAGCAGGCAAGCAGGCAGGCAGGACAAAGUUCAGCACAUGUGUCUUGUUUGUCCUCCUGGGCUGCACGGUGACGUUUUUAUCAGCCUCAGUUAAGCACCGCCAAAGGAGUUGGAAGGUGUUUUUAGGGGCGAGCUCGUUUAUAUCGGCGAAUCGGACUGCGAUGAAAGUACUGUAGUUGCGUUGUUCUGCUGUUAUCUAGACUUCGGAUUUUAUUUUUAUUUUUUUGCGGCGGGGGGGAAGAUGCCUCUGCUACAGCAUAUUAUGGAACUGGAUCUAGAAAAGCUGGCUUUGGACCACAUCGUGCCGUGCCUGCUAGAUCAAGGCUUCUUUUAUCUGGACAACUUCCUCGGCGAAGUCGUGGGCGACUGUGUCCUGGAGCAGGUGAAGGAGAUGCACUCUUCGGACUUGUUGAAGGACGGGCAGCUGGCCGGCCGCCGGAGCGGCGUUUCUCGGAGGCACAUCAGGGGCGACAAGAUCGCCUGGGUCAGCGGAGCAGAAAAGGGCUGCGAAGCGAUCAGCUUCCUCCUCUCUUUCAUAGACAAACUCGUCACGCUUUGCGCCGGCAGGCUGGGGAAGAGCACCAUCAGGGAGCGAUCGAAGGCCAUGGUAGCCUGUUACCCAGGAAAUGGAACUGGGUAUGUGAAGCACGUAGACAAUCCCAAUGCGGAUGGACGUUGUGUGACCUGCAUUUACUACCUGAACAAGAACUGGGAUGCAAAGGAACAUGGUGGAAUACUGCGAAUAUUCCCUGAAGGAAAGUCUUAUGUAGCUGACAUAGAGCCAGUUUUUGACAGAUUACUAUUCUUCUGGUCAGACCGACGAAACCCUCAUGAAGUCCAGCCCUCGUACUCUACACGGUAUGCUAUCACUGUUUGGUAUUUUGAUUCUGAAGAACGAGCUGAAGCAAAAAGAAAAUUCAGAGAUCUGACAGCAUCUUCACAAGACAGGAACAUUCCCAAAUGAGGCAACUGAAUUACUGGCUGACAUUUGUAAGGAACGUGUACAUAUUCAUUAGAUCCAAAGAAAAAAGUAUUGGGUUGUUUUUUACACUACUGCACUGUUAACAUUUUUUUGCAUGUAUAUACGGCACUUAUGGUACAGGAAACAGCUAUCUAGGUAUGCAUUUUUUGCAAAGACAAAUUUAAUACAUAAACUGUCUGCUGGUCUUGAUUGAAUGGUAUUCUUGUCAUACUAGACUGAUGAUAUUUGCUAUCAAACUCUGAAAUACCUAAUUAGUUUAUCAUUUCGAAAAAAUGCAGAAAUUGAUGCCCCCGUUCCUUUUAAAUUGUGAUUUGGUAUGCACAGAGCAAAUUCUACAAACAAUUAAUUUCAACCAUUUUUUCAGCACAAGAAUAUUGUGGACACUGAUUGUAAUGAAAUAAGGAUUUAUAUAAAAAGACGAGAGAUUAGGAGAUGCAGUAAAUGUUUUGGAGACGGUGAAAAUCAAAUAAGCUCUGAAGAGAUUACUAUACAGUACAGAGAAAAGUUGCCUUAUUCCAGUCACUGGUUAUCAAUGUCUCAUCAGUCUGUGACAGGGAUCUCCAACCCUGCUCCUGGAAAGCCCUAAUCCACUUGUAGGUAGCAAUUAAAUCAGCAAUUUCUAAAGAUACGGAACAAUUCCAUGUUGUUCAACAGGUUAUUUAAAGAUAAUUUAGGCCUAGAAUUGAAUUAUUCUUCAGUCCUCAAAGACCAGAAUUCUCUAAAUUGAACACUUUUCUUCAGCAAAAGCUUAUAGGUGUAGCCAAUAACAAAACAGGUGACCUAUAAGACUUAACUAGAUUGGAGCUCUCCAGGACCAGGGUUGGAGACCCCUGAUAUAUGAGGUGGAUGCACAGAGUAUAAUGCAAUGGUGCCAGAAACUGUCCCUCACCCUGCUUCUUUUCAUACACACAUACACGCACAAGUCCUGUCUAAAUGACCUACCCCCAUAACAAAAAUAUAUUUAUUUGGAAGCUGUAACCAUUGCAUUACUUACUAGGAGCUGGGUUAAAAAUACCCUAGGCCAAACCCUGUGAGACCAUUGAUAAAUGUGUACUUAAUUUCUUUUUUUCUCCAGCUAAGGUCUUCAGGAAGCAUCAUGUUUGGUGGCGAGAUUUGCAGGCGACAGUUUUUGGCAUCUUAAAAAAGCUCUGUUGCAUGCACACAAUUCUAAAUUUUGGAAUCCCUUUGUAUAUACAUUUGCCUAAAAUGUGUUCUGCAAUUGUAUAGGAAUUCUGUUCAAAUCUUAAAGUGUAAUUUUUGUUUUGUAAAGCAUCAUUCUUAUUUUUUACCUUUUCCAUUUUUCUAACAUGAUAACCAUCAAAAUUAACUUUGGGGAAAUUGAACAAAUUAAUAUACGUAUAGUACAACCAUCCCUUGACAGGACCUGCAGUCUCAAAGCAUGCUGUGAAAUAGUGGCCAUUAGACAGGCACACCUUUCUAUGGAAGGGUUUUAAGAGUUUGUUUUUUUUAAGUUCAACUGAAGUCGUGGGCCUCCCACUGUGUCCUGGACAGAAACUGUUAAACAGUGGGAAAAUAAACAAGGGAAAGAGGGAGUUGGAUUCAGACAAAUGAAUGUUCGUUACUAGGCUCUUUAUUUAUAUUCUUUUGUAGAAUUACAAGCCAGACCAGCCCUGAACUUCCAUCUUGUAAAACCAAACUUGCUGCUUGACAAAUGCAUUGGCUGUUUAAUGUUCUUGAAGUACAGAAACGAGGAGAUGGGCAUUAGCUACUUUCCUUCGGUGUGAUCUGCCAGUAUCUGUUCUGCCUGCUGCUGUGUGUGCUGUAGCAGCACUGAUGAUAAUCACGCCCAGAGGAUGAGUCGGAUCUUCUGACCACGUGAACUGUGAUGAUGGGGUGCCGCGCUAUGUCCUGGACUUGUUUGUGCUUAAAAACAAUUGCGGUUUGCCACCUGAGGGACUCUAUUUAAUAUUAUACCCCGUCCAAUCAAAGCCAAGAUCAAUUUUAUGAUCAUGAGAUUUGUUGUUCCUUGUUAUGCUAAUGUAGAAAAUGGACUUCAAGAACUGUGUAUAGUGCAUUUCAGAUGUUUUUCUUAAAGACUUAAAUAUUGUACAAUACUGUGUUUAAUGGCAGCUUGCAUGCUGGUCAGCAAUGCUGGUGACACCUACAGGAUAUUGUUAUAACACUUGUUAAAAUACGUCUUUCUUUAUCAUAUACAGUAAGUGUUUUUAGAACAUCAUGAAAUAAAUGUUUUGCACAAACCGAUA